CGGGCGGCAGGCCGCAUGACGUCACCGAGGCCCCACCCCUCCGGAGCGAGUUCGGUCCUGGCGUUCAUUUCAUUCCUGUCCUCAUUCCGAACAUUCUUAGCAUCGCUCGCGCCUUGCCGCGCCGCCCGAGCCGAGCCGAGCCUCUGCAGCCGCCGCCGCGGCCCCGCCGCCCGCCGCGGGCGCCCACCAAGCACUUUGCAGACUCGCUUCCACCCUGCGGGCCAGUCCGCGCGGCGGGGCCCGGGCCCGGGGCGGCCGCGUCCGGGGACAGGCCAUGCAGUGAAGCCCCCCACCCCGUCCACCUUUGCCCGGAGCCGCGGGCAGCAGCCCCGUACGCCCAGCCGGCCCCGGGGCAGGAGCAGUGCUAACAGGGGUGGGGUGGCCCAGCCCGGGGACUGGGAGCCGGGGAGGGAGCCGGGCUCCGAGCUGAAAGCGAGGGAAGCAGCGCCGAAGUUUGCCUCGGACUCGCCGGGCGCUGCGGCGGCUCCCUUCGCCGAGGUUUAUUUUCUUGAAAAGGCUCCAGGCUUCGGCUUGGAAAAUCCGGCCGCCAAAAUUGAGCCCAGCAGCUGGAGCGGCAGUGAGAGCCCUGCCGAAAAUAUGGAAAGGAUGAGUGACUCUGCAGAUAAGCCCAUUGACAAUGAUGCAGAAGGGGUCUGGAGCCCCGACAUUGAGCAGAGCUUUCAGGAAGCCUUGGCUAUCUAUCCACCAUGUGGGAGGAGGAAAAUCAUCUUAUCAGAUGAAGGCAAGAUGUAUGGUAGGAAUGAAUUAAUAGCCAGAUACAUCAAACUCAGGACAGGGAAGACGAGGACCAGAAAACAGGUGUCUAGUCAUAUACAGGUCUUAGCAAGAAAGAAAGUUCGAGAAAUUCAAGCCGCCAUUAAGGUGUCUAGUCACAUUCAGGUUCUUGCCAGAAGGAAAUCUCGUGAUUUUCAUUCCAAGCUAAAGGUAACAAGCAUGGAUCAGACUGCGAAGGAUAAGGCCCUGCAGCACAUGGCCGCCAUGUCAUCAGCCCAGAUCGUCUCGGCCACUGCCAUUCACAACAAGCUGGGGCUGCCCGGGAUUCCACGCCCCACCUUCCCAGGGGCGCCGGGGUUCUGGCCGGGAAUGAUACAAACAGGGCAGCCUGGAUCCUCACAAGACGUCAAGCCCUUCGUGCAGCAGGCCUACCCCAUCCAGCCGGCGGUCACGGCCCCCAUUCCAGGGUUUGAGCCAGCGUCAGCCCCAGCUCCCUCGGUCCCAGCCUGGCAGGGCCGCUCCAUUGGCACAACCAAACUUCGCCUGGUGGAAUUCUCAGCUUUCCUCGAACAGCAGCGAGACCCGGACUCGUACAACAAACACCUCUUCGUGCACAUUGGGCAUGCCAACCAUUCUUACAGUGACCCAUUGCUCGAGUCAGUGGACAUUCGUCAGAUUUAUGACAAAUUUCCUGAAAAGAAAGGUGGCUUAAAGGAACUGUUUGGAAAGGGCCCUCAAAAUGCCUUCUUCCUCGUAAAAUUCUGGGCCGAUUUAAACUGCAAUAUUCAAGAUGAUGCCGGGGCUUUUUAUGGUGUAACGAGUCAAUAUGAGAGUUCUGAAAAUAUGACAGUCACGUGUUCCACCAAAGUUUGCUCCUUUGGGAAGCAAGUAGUAGAAAAAGUAGAGACGGAAUACGCGAGGUUUGAGAAUGGCCGAUUUGUAUACCGAAUAAACCGCUCCCCGAUGUGUGAAUAUAUGAUCAACUUCAUCCACAAGCUCAAACACUUACCAGAGAAAUAUAUGAUGAACAGUGUUUUGGAAAACUUCACAAUUUUAUUGGUGGUAACAAACAGGGAUACACAAGAAACUCUCCUGUGCAUGGCCUGUGUAUUUGAAGUUUCAAAUAGUGAACAUGGAGCACAGCAUCACAUUUACAGGCUUGUAAAGGACUAACCAUGGUUAUUUAUAUAUAUAGAUAUCUGUAUAUAUACACACACACAUAUGUGCGCACACACACACACACUCUCCAUGAUCCAACGACUGACUGUAAACCUCACCACGCAGGGGUGCUGCCCUGGCCCUGAGGUCACCCCAACUUUUCUAAAUCCUGUUUGAGUGAAGUCAUUUUUUCAUGUGUUCAUACUAUCAUUCUAGCUGUGAAGUUCUGGUACAGUUGUAAAAAGAGAAAUUGAGUUGUUUCUGUGUGUUCUUCAGAUCCACAGCCCACAGUUCCUCAGAAGGGUGAACCGUGAGAACCCAGGUCUCUGUCUGCAGAGAGCUGUGUCUCAUUGUGGUAGGAAAAAAAAAAAAAAAAUUGAGACAGAGCAUUUACCAUUGGACAUUUACAGCCUUUAUAUAAAUGUAUUUAGUGGGUUUUUUUUUCCAACAUAAAAUUCUUGUUUUAAGAUACAAGUAAAAUUAAUCUUUAAAUAUAAAUGUAAAUUAGUACACAAAACUAAGAAUCUUUAGACUUAUCUUUGUAACUAAUUAGGGUGGAAGUUAUGAAAGAAUGUAAUUCACUAAAUUAUUUUUUAAAUGAAACUUUCCUUUCUUUUUGAAACCAAAUGUUAAAAUAUAGCCUUAAGAAAUGCUUGGUAGAAAUAUCCUAAUGAGACAAAUUUGUACUUUUUUCCUCAAGGUUAAAACUAAUCUCCUAAUCCAUUAAACUCUUGAAACAGGUAUUACAGAGGAAGAAAACUUCACCCCUUAUCCUUAACAUAUAUAGUAUAUUUAAAAAAUAUAAAAUUGUAUUGUACUAAUGUGAUGAUUAUUUAAUGAAAAAGAAAAGAUGGCUCUUUUGCAAUAAGUAGAUAAAUAAUGAAAAUCUAAACUUACAAUGUUUAUAGUCUUGUGUGUGCAGUUAUAUUUUAUAUGGACAACCAAAUUUUUUAUUAAGAUGAGUAAAUAUUUGAACCACUGAAAUUUAAUAACAAAAAUUUAAAAUUGGCAUGGAUACUGCACUGUGAGCUGCAAAUUCUAGAAAACUCUGUGGCUGGGAGAAAUUUCAUCCACCAAACUCGUAAAAGGCUCAUCAGUUUUAGGAUCUCUGCUCCCCAGAAAAAUGACAAGCAUCCUCACCAGCCUAUGGAUAAAUUAUUUCUGGUGAUCCAGUAUGCAUAUGAAUCUGUGACUCUAUGUGUGUGUGUGUAUUUGUGUAUACAUAUCUACACAUAUACAUAUAGUUAUUUGACACAUAUUUAUUGAACAUCUAUUCAGUGUCACUCAGUUUGCUAGGUGCUGAUAUGUGUGUGUUUCUCAACCUGUGUCUAUAGAUCUAGGUGUAUUCUCUAAGGACACCCACCCUCUUGACAUCUCCAGUCAUAAGACUCGUUUGACUAAGAUCAAAGAGGCUCAGCUGUCUAUCUCUGCCCUUUCAGACAAGCUCAUUGGGGAGGUUCUCUUCCUAGGAAAGAGUCACCUUUCCAACCCUAAUAUUCCAAAGUGUUGCCCAGGCAGAGGUGGUUUGAUGUGGCUACAUGUCUUGGGUUAGUUCCAUAAGUGCUUCAUUGGGAAGGGGACAGGGAUUCCCUCUCCCCCCCGCCACCCUAACUUCCUGGAGGGAAGUGACAUUGUUAUAAUUGUUGGGAAUAUGUUAACACAAUAGAACAUGAAAUGUUUUGUAAGUUGUGAAACAUCACAACUUUUAUAUCAAGCCAGAAAUUAAAAACUUGGUUCUGUCACAUUCAAGUUACAGACAUACCCCCUUCCCUGUCCCACCACCUGCUCUGACCCAGCUUAUCUACUGGUUAGCGUCUGGUGGUCACGAACCUGAAGGUGUGGCUGGCUUGUGGCCAACAAAAGAAUGCUGGACCAGGCGAAAGUACAGAACUUGCCCUUUUUGGAAUUCUCACCCCUCACAUACGCCAGUAGGAUGGUGUGCAUCUUCCCUCUAAGGAGACUACAGUUUGUUCCCUGAUUCCAAGUGGGCCUUUGAGGAGUAGCCCAGUUGACCACCCUUCCAUCUGGUCUUCAGCCCACACAUUAAACUUCUGCCAUGGUCAUCAUAUUUAUAACUUCUCUUGGUUACCCCUCUUAAGGAUGUUUCUUUUGCUCCUGUCUCCUGUGUCUUUACUCAAGGGAACCCCCAGUCUCUCAGGACCAAGGGGUGUAGAUGAUCUUAUGUGACUAAAAGCUAGUCUGUCCCAGAACAUCAGGCAAAGAAAUAUCUGGUUCAUUUUCUUGCCCAAGAUUGGGGCUCUUCUGUGCUACCAGAAGGGCUCUUGAGAUUUACCUUUUUCAAAGCACAAAUAAAUUGAGACCCAAAAACACUAGCUAGAGGGUGGUUCUGUUGGCUGCAGAGAAGGGCAUACCCUGGUCCACCAAACUCAGAGUCAAGCUGGACCCAUGGAUGUGUGUCCUCUUCCUCUGCAUGCGUUUGUAGUUGAGUUUGGGGGCUUACAUGGAUGACUGUGAAGAUUGCUUUUUGCUCUUAAGUCAAAUUUAUUUCUUGUCUUGUUCUUCUAAAAAUUUUUUCAGGGCAGAUAUUUUUCCUGUCUUAACCACAGGUACCCUAAGUCUUGGCCCCCUCUCUGCCUCUCCCAAAUUACCCCUGGGAUGAGCUUUGUGUUAUGACAUCUAAUCCAUGUCCAUCUUUGGUCUUUCACCCUUUAAGACAGUCCUCUCCCUUUGUAAAGCUUUCUGAACCAUGAAGAAGCCUUUCCAAAGCUCUGUCCUCACUGCUCUCUUCCGGGUGCUCUAUCUCCUGGUGGACCCUCUGCUACCAGGAUCGAUUCAGGGACAUCUUGUGCUUUCAGUGGAGAGUCUGGAGGCCAGUUUCCACAACCUAAGUAGGGAGAAGCUGAAGAACCAGGCUUUGGUCUCUUGCCAUUUAUUGCCACCUUAGCAAGAGACCUAAAUGAAAUCGGAGCUUUUUCAGAACAUGUCCUAGAAUCUCAGAUCGUCUAAGCUGCAGUAGAACAGGGUUUCUCAACCUGAACCCUGUUGAUAUUUGGACCAGAUAAUUCUCUGUGGUACGGGGUUGUCCUGCAUUGUAGAAGGUUUAGCAAUAUCCUGGGCAUCUGCCCAGUAGAUAUACCCUUUCCUCAGCUGUCACAAUCCCAAAUGUCCCCAGACUUUCCCUAAUGCCCCAUGGGAUACAGAAUCACCUCUGGUUGAGAACUGCUGCCCUACGUCUGACAGGUGACAAAUGCCGUAUUUGAGAUUUUUUUUUCCUUCCAUUUGACUCUGAGAAAGCUUCUCUCCUGGGAGCCUUUCAGGCCAUCUAGAGGCUGGUAGGAAUAGAACUCAAAUGACAUUGUAUCAAUUCUUUUUUCUGUGUCAGAACUUCCAUUUCACAACAGCCUCUCUCUGCUACAAGUGUUCUUUCCUUCAUCCCUGGGGAAGUCGGGAACAGCUGGUCACUAUCACCCCUGUAAUCAACUCACACCUAUUUAAAGUGCUUUUCUAAUUUGCUCUUCAUUCCUUAUUUUACCAAGUUUAAAAAAAAAAAAAAAGCCUAUUUUCAUUAUUUAUCAUAAGCUUUUGGUUCUCAUCAAACCUUUAAUCAUUUCAGUAAAUUCCCUCUGGUGUUCUGCUGUUUAGCCUUACACUCAGUGUUUUGUAGAAUUUAUAGAAACCUCUGGGACAGUUCAUCAUUUAGCUAUGGAGGAGAGGGAUUCAUUUUGGAAGAGGGCCGAUAGAAUUUUUCCUUAUUCAGUCAUAAGAGAGCACAGUCUACAGGCAUACCUCACCUUAGAGAUGGUGCAGGCUCAGUUCCAGAGUGCCACAGUAAAGCAGAUACUGUGAGAAAGCGAGUACAUGAAUUAUUUGGUUUCCCAGUGCAACUUUAUAAAGUUCUAUUUCCCCUAUAUUGUAGUUUAUUAAGUGUGCAAUAGCAUUCAGUCUAAAAAAAAAAAUCAGUGCACGUACAAAAAAAUACUCUAUUGCUUAAAAAUGCCAAAACAAUUACAGUAGUAACGUAAAGACUACAGAUGACCAUGAAAAAUAUAAAAAUAAUGAAAAAGUUGAAAUUUUGCAAAAAAUACUAGAAUAUGACGCAGAGACAAGCAGUGAGCAGAUGCUCUUGGAAAAACAAGGCCAGCAGGCUCCUUUGACACAGAGUCGCCACAAACCUUCACUUUGUAAAAAAAAAAUGCAGUAUCUGUGACGCACAAUAAAAUGAGGUAUGCCUGUGCCCGCCUUCGUUUUGUAGAUGGGAAGGUGAAGGCCCAGAGGAGAGAUGAUUUGCUCAGAGUCCCCCAGCUGCUUAGUGACAGAAAUAAGAGUAGGCUGUGGGACUCCUCCCACUCCUCCCACUCUUGGCGGGGUGGUUCCUCUUCGGUGCUCAUGCUUCAGUGGUCCCUGCAAGCAUGCGAACAAGGUCAGUGCAGGAGAGAGAGGGAGGUUAAGACCCCCUCCCUCUGCCGGGGCAGCAGCAUCACCCGAUGCCGAUGAUGUUUCUCUCACCAGCAUUGCCUGUCUGGGAGGCAUCCAUGAGCAGAUAUGAAAGCUGAUGAGCCUUUUCCUUACCCUGAGGACAGUUCACCUGCCACAGGCUCUGAGUCCAAUUUCUCUUGGCAAAGCAUCCCGCCAGCAGAGUCCUACACUCGGACCAGCCAAAAACCCAGCCCCCCAUUUCCCAGCACUUGGUGUUACAAACCCAAGUCUCCUCAACGUCUCAGUACACUAGUGGCUUUUGCAGUUUGUUUUUAUACAAACAUAAAUUGUUGAAACCACACAAGACGACAGUCAGUUUUUCACACCAGGUACAGAUCAUUUGUAUGAUUUUGUCUCUACUCUGGUACACUAUACCUGUCCCAAGGAAGGGUAGAACCAAUGUUAUGUGUUGGUAUUCACACCUGUGACAUUAAGAGGAUACGUCUGCAUUGCUUCUUUCUUUCUGUUGAUGUUUCUGUGGCAAAACCCUGCACAUGUCAUUUCUGAAAAGCCUUAAAUCGUUGCGAUGUUGCGUGUGGGGUUUGCAGUGCAGAAGGCUGCCUCGUAACUGUGAGCCCUUUUGUAAGCUGGAAGCAUUUCUCUUACUACUGUUACUUUUGUAGGAAGUUUUAAAUUCAGAGCUGCCAAAGCGUUCCGGUAAGCAGUGCCUUAGUGAUACCUUAGUCGUGCCGCCAGCCUUUUCUCACACCAGUUCUCCAUGUCCCUUUACUGAUUGGCCUGGUUUUUAAACAGAGCAAGCAGUCAUUGUUUUCAUUUUUGUCUCGUCAGCCCAUUUUUCUCCAGUUCUAAAGGAAACUGACUCCUUGAUCUGAAAUCUGAAGUGGACAGAAGUCAGUUCAUUGACCACACUGUCAAAUGUCUAUACCAAAACGGAAGGUUUUGCAGUGUCGUAGUUUACUAUGAAAAGCAAAUGGUACACUUUUAAUGUUGCCUUUUAAAUUCACGACCAAAUACUUAGCUAUUUGUGGAUCUUCUGCACUCCAGCAUGAAAGUGCCUUUGGUUUGAGAUUCCAGCUUAGAAAAGUGCUGCCAUAAUCACGAUAAUUUGUAGAGAGACCAAAAAUAUUUUGAGAUCACCGUAAUGCCUUUGGUUUACUGGGAUGAGUAACCAACCACAGGCCUCUGUUCAAAAGAGCACGACGCGGACCCCACCUGCCGCACGGCUGUCUGUCUGCGUGAGGGGAGCCCCCACCCCCACCCCCACCCCCGACUCCCAAGUAGCACACAGCGGCGGGGGCAGGACCAGGAAUGGGUGUGUUUGUGUGCCAAUGACCCGGUGCGCCAUCUCAGCUCGUCACCCGGCCCUGCGUCCGCCUGAGGGAACUUGCACACAAUCCCCAGAAGGUCCGGCCAAGUGGACAGAUUUCCUUCUCCUUCUGCCCGUGCUCAGUCUCCGCGGAGGCUGGCCUGCCUGCUCAGAUGACAGCGUGCGCUUCUCUGGUUUAAGCAGUGAUACCAUUUUGAAAGUUGGAAGCCUCAAACUGAGAUGACAGUGCAGAACAAAAAUGGGUUAGGGUCAUUACAAUUGAAGUGUUCUUCUUAGGGCGAAAAUGUUGACUCUGAGUGUUGUCUGAAUGUGCUAUGAGAAACUUCCAAAGAGCACCACUCACAAUUUGGAAUGUUCAGAGAAGGUUCCAGCCCUCCAAAGGGCAACUCUUUAGAGUAGUCCGUGUUGGCUUUUAUCAAAACCUUGUAUAAAUUGGGAAAACUGAUAGAGGGGAGGAAGAGGCGUGAAAAGGACGAGAAGGCAAAAACACCAGCCAAACAAAAGCCAGGACAAAAAAAGAUUUUUCUUAACCAAUAUAGACUUUAAAAUGACAUCAGACGUAAAAGUUAGCCUCUGAACACUUAAUGCAUGUGGUCCAUCUGUCUCUGCCUGGUGUCUUUACGAAUACCCUCUUUGGGCUCUGAAAUUUCAAGAGUGAUUUCUGUCCACACCAAGUUGUGAGUAUUCUUAGAAAUUUCUACAAGAAAAAAAAAAAUCAAAUGAAAAGGAAAAUUGCUCAACACAAGUUACGGAUAGCUGCUCGAAUUCAGCCCCUCCCUGUCGUGUCAGGACCACACCACAACUUGGAAGAAAUUAGUCAAAUAUUUGUUUUCCUGCUUCCCUUUUCAACUGUUACUGUGCUUUGUUUGGCAAUAGUUUUCUCUGAUUAACUCAUUGCUUAUAUUGUGAAGAAUGAAGGUUUUGUGUUUCAAAUAUAUUGCAUUGCAAAGAUAGUUUCACUGAAGUCAUGCACCAUUAAAUAAGAUGAAAUAUUUGUAUUUAUUGUCCUACUUCCUAAGCUGUUAACUUGUUUUAUUCUCUGUGAAUUUGCAUUGAGUCUGUCCCGUGCCCUGUAUUCCAAAUGGCGUUUGUGUUUCCUCUCGUUCAUCAUUAAAUGGGGACAGAUUCCAGGAGAUUCCACCUUUAUCAAGUUGACUCUCCUUUGUCUGCCUUCCAUUAUGAGAUUGUUUUUCCUUCCCCUUUCCCUAAGAGGCUGACAGAUCUAGGUGUAAAUCAAGUGGAGACCUGUCUCUGGUCUGUCUUCCUCCCUUCCUUCCCUCCCUCCCUUUCUUUCCUCUUUUUCCAUGCUUAGUUUCACUGUGUAAAUUAGGUAUUAACUGCACUUCUUU